CCUCUUCCCCCGCGACUGGCCGCUCUGACUCCGAGCCGCAGAGCCACGUGCUCAGCUCGGAUACGCGCCCUUCGGGCCUGGAAAAGCCACGAACAGACGCCCCUCGCCCGGGCGGGGGAACCGGCCGCGGCCCCGGCCUUGCCUCGAGCUACGGCCCGUCCUGCUAGGCGGCCGGGGUGGGGGAGAAGGCAGCGGACAGCACAGGUGGCCCCGGCCCGGAAGUGAACGUGAGAGGAAAUCCCUCCCCGGAAGUCCGCCUACUCGCGCUGUGACGCCAUCCGGGCGCGCCGACUCCACGUGGGUGCGGCCGUGGCGGUUUUGCACGUGCGCUCGGUGCCAUGGCGGAGCCGGUAGAGGGGCUGGACCGCGCGCAGGUGCGAAAGGCCGUCCAGGCUCUGCUCGCCUACGUCGCGGCCCGGGCCAGCGCGGAGAAGCCGCUCCUGGGCGGGAGCGAGACCCUCUACUUGAUGGUGACGGUGUGGAAGAUCCCCCCGCUCGAGCGUUCAUUGUUCAUACCACUGCCUCAUGUUAUUCGACCAGAAACAUCUGAAAUUUGCCUGUUUACAAAAGAUGAACCUGAAUUAUCUGCGGAACAGACUGAAAACUUGUACAAGAAACUCUUAAAACAGAAUGGGAUCACAAAUAUCAGCCAGAUCAUUUCUUACAAGACUCUCACACAAGAGUAUAAACCGUAUGAAGCAAAGCGUCGUCUCCUGAACAAAUUUGAUCUCUUUCUGUCUGAUGACCGAAUUAGAAGACUUUUGCCUUCACAUCUAGGCAAAGUGUUUUAUAGAAGUAAAAGAACACCUUUGUCUGUAAACCUGAAAGCCAAAGAUCUUGCUAGGGAGAUAAACAAAUAUAUCCAAGGAACUGUACUUCCAGUUACCAACAAGGGCUGCUGUUAUACAGCACGCAUAGGUCAUACAGGAAUGGGAGCUGAAGAGUUGUUAGAAAACAUUGUUGCUGCUGUUGGGGUGAUUGCCGAUAAGUUGCCAAAGAAGGGGAAAAAUAUUAAAGUUCUUCACCUCAAAACUCCCAAAUCGGUUGCCCUUCCAAUCUUUAACUCACCAGUCUCCAAUUUAGAUGAGCUUGAGAAGCAGCCAUCUGUUCAUAGAAAGGAUGGACAGAAAAAGAAAGAAAAGAAACGAAAGCGGACGAAGGCAGUCGCACAGCAGACUCCAAGGAAAGCUGAAGUGACAGCUGAAACAAGUGAUGCUGCUGCUUCUGCUAAGGAGCCUGAGAUGGAACAGAAGAGAAAAGCAGAAGUGGUAAUAAAAGAAUCGGAUAACAAUAAGGAUGAUGAAGAAAUUCCACAACUAGUUCCUAUUCAAACGGCGAGUAUAAAUGGGCAAGAGAAUGCCGAACCAAAUCGGAGUCCAAAAAAAGGUGUCAAGACUAGAAAUCCCUUAGGUAAAAGAAAGAUGACAGUACAGGCUCAGGAGACUCCAAAAACAAAACUUAAAUUGGCUGAAGGGGCAGAUUUGCAGACCCUCAGUCAACAGAAACAAGGCAAGAAGCUGAGGACCCCGAAGAACAUAGUAAAAGACAAGGAACUGAAAGAGACUCCCAAAAAGUUAGAAGCAAAGUCUGCGACUUCUAAAGGCAGCAAGCUCAUCAAAUCGGUGGAGAAAGCUCCCAAAACGCCAAGACGCAUCCCCAGGAAAAUGAAAGUUCCAUGUUCAGCUUGAACAUUGCCUCUCUUGUACUUCAGCCUUUUAUUUUAAAAGAUCUGAUUAAAUAUAAUUCCUUUUCUAACAAUUCCAAACAAAAGGAACAUACAGGAAAAUUCUUUGUAUGUUGUAUCUUCACUUAUAUUUGUAGUUGCUCGCUGGUGUUUCUUCUACUUCUGGUGCGGCUAGAGACACUUGAAUAAACUUUUAUGUAACUUAA